UUACUUUUUUAUCUUUUUAUUUUAAAAACAUAAUAUAACUUGACAAUAAUUUGUUUCUUUUUAUAAAAGAUAUCAAAUUUGAAAUAACAUAAUCCUAUUGGUUGGUGAACCUCUAGGUUCACCCUAUGGAAUGAACCAAGAAUAAGUCUAUCAAUAAUUGGUGGUUCUAUAAUUAAUACAACACUAAAAUUUAAAAAUUAGUUUGUGCUCUAAGUUUUUGUUUUUCUAGUGUGGAAAUAAAUGUAUGAAGAAAUAAAUAAAAAACAUGCGGAAAACCACCAAGCCUAAAAUUAACACUUGUCGAAAAAAAUAGGUAAGACGACUAGACGAAUUAUAUACAGAAGAGAAAAGGCGACGUACAAAUGAGGUUCUUUUAUUUCGUUGCGGCUAACAUGUUUUGUAUAUGUUUUUUUGAAAAAUCAUGUUUUCCAUUUAUAAUUUUAUAGCAUUCUAGUUUGUGAUUUAUGGUAAGUAUUAAAAUUUAAAAAUAAUUUAUUUGAUUCCAUAUAUAUAUAUAUAUAUCUUUUUGAUUUAUUCUCCAGAAAUAAUUUCAAAACUAAACAUGAAACUGAAAUAGUGAAAUUGCUGGCCUAUCAUAAAAUGAUUCAUGCAUGAUAUUUAUAAAUGAAGACAAAAGACGGAAAAUAUCACAUAAUAAUUGUAAAAUUAAUAAAUAAUACGCAAUUCCAAUUCGGAAGAAAGAACGAAUUUUCACAUGUAUUGGCGGUUGGAACGUUACAAAAUUUUCCGCUUUCUAUCACUGCUAUAUUUCAAGAGAAUAAGUAUUUUAUGAAUUCUAUAAGUCUAUAACCUUCUUUCUUUUUUUCUCUGCCAGAAACGCAAACGUUGAUCGUUGGAUAUUUACAUGCAUGAGCGUGCCCAAGAUAGCCUUCUUACGUAUUCAUCUCCCGUGAACGUUUAGAUCGUUCCAUGCAAACGUUCAAGUCUUUUUUUUUUUUGGGACAAAACGUUCAAGUCUUUUAAAUAAACGGCACAUCGGUGAAAAAAGUCGCCAAAACGGCCAAAAACUGUUCAAUCUUUUUGGAAUUUGUGCAACGUGUUCUAGUCCUUUUAUGUAUGUUUGUAGGGAAUGGGUUGUAUAAUUGUGUCCUUUCCUUAUAUGUUGACUGAUGAUAGCUUGUUGAAUUAUCUUGGCUUUUUUUUGUGACCCGUGAUUGGAUAAUAAACAUGUGCACCUUAUUAAAUCGAAAAUGGAAUUGGUACGUCGUGGACCCUUUAUACGGGCAAUAUACAGUUCACUCGGCGAAUUAAAAAAACAUAGUACUUUUGUAAGGAAUUUUGUUUAUUUUUGUCUAUCAUAUCUGACUAUUAUGCCAUUGAAAUUGUCUUUGAUAAGAAUUUUCUACAAACCCUACUAAAUCUCCGUCAGCUGAUAACUGGACUUAUCUGAUAAAAUUCUUUAUAAAUAAUAUAUAUUAUACUAUGGAAUUAUACUAUUGGAUUUUUUUUGAAAUUUUAGUAUCUCUAACUCUUUAGAAUGAAAACUAAAGUAAUAUAAAAUUUACUUGGUAGGAAAAAAAACAAGCACAUUAUUAAGUAGUGUGUAAGCUCCCGGACGCAAACAGAAAAGCUAUGACUUUCUUUGGAAAGUGAUGCUAUCCAAAUACGCAUAUGCUCUUUCUAUCAAAUUUGAGAUUUGUGACUCUGAUCUGUUGCUAUCUCUCUAUAAAUAGAGUGAUGGGAUGGAUUUGAAAAGAGAGAAAACACAGUAACAUAAAAUCUUUUUAAAAACAAAAUAAUAUUGGAGAAGGAGGGUGAUAGAGAGAAAGGAGAAGGAAGCUCAAUGUCGCCGAGGGAACAACGAAACCUCAGAGAGAAAGAGCGACGAACGCGCAUGAAAGAUCUCUUCAUUAUACUCUCUUCUCAUGUUUCUCCCACUCAUAGGUUACCAGUACCUCAACUUAUAGAUCAAGCGACAUCAUACAUGAUCCAAUUGAAAGAAAAGGUAAAUUAUCUGAGGGAGAAGAAAAUGAGUUUGUUAGGAGAAAUGGGGAAUUACUCUGAACGGUCAUCGUCUCUUCUGCCGAAACUCAGUAUAUAUUCGAGGGACUCGACCAUAGAAAUGAAUCUGAUUAUGGAUCUGAACAUGAAAAGAGUAAUGUUACACGAGCUUGUAAGCGUUUUUGAAGAAGAGGGAGCCCAAGUUAUGAAUGCUAAUCUUCAGAACUUGAAUGAUAGGAUGAUCAUUUAUACAAUCGUAGGCCAGGCUAUCAUAUGUCGGAUCGGAAUUGAUCCAUCAAGGAUAGAAGAGAGAGUAAGGGAUCUCAUCUUUUGAUGAAGCACAGAAUCAGUAUCAAAGUCCGAAUCAUUAGUCUACAUUACACUAGCUAGUGUUAAUGCAAUGUUUUAGAGUACUUUUUGAAAAUGUAUAGUUCUUUAAAUUCUUUAUAACGUUGGUUUUUGAGUUCGAUAUGUAAGCAUGCAUGCGUCAACGAUUAAAAAUACAUUUCUUGAUUGA